CCAUUAAGACAAAAGGUUCCACUUGCAACAUCAAUGACUUCUGCAGCAUCGUCACCUCUAGCCAGUUCUGUGGAGAAGUCAAACGGAGCAAAGCUUAGCAGGCUCGUUAUCGACGGUGGAACAACAGUUCUGAGGAAGGUUUUUGAUCGCCAUCACCCGCCUGCAAACUUGAUUGCUGACUUCAAUUCAAAUUACUCAAUUCUUAACAACCUCCUGCGUCGACGAGUUCUGAAUCGACAUCAGUGGACCAAACUAUUCCCACCAAGUGGAGCCGCACCAGACUCCCACACCUUUGACAUAACUCUUCUGUUUCUCCUUCUGUCCAACAUUUCUGGAUUAACCCCUCCCCCUUCAGGUUGGCACACUAAACCACCCCCAAGUGACACGUCUCGUGAGGCAAACCUCGCACGUGUUAAGUUCUAUCGCAAUAUCUUGUAUGGUCAUGUGACAACCACUGGUGUUGAUACUCCAACUUUCUCUGCUCUGUGGACUGAAAUUAGUGGUGUUCUUGUAAACCUUGGCCUUGAUCAGGCAGACGUAGAUAGGCUGAGGGCAGAGGAAGGUGGAGAGCAAGAUUAUGUCAAAGUAUUAAUUGACUGGGCUGACAGUGAAGAGGAUAUCAAGUCACAAUUGAAGGAGGUGCAUCAGUCUCAGACAAUAACGCAACAAGCGGUUGAAAAUGUACGUCAGACCCAAGUCAAGACUCAGAAGACUGUGGAAGACAUACAUAAGGCCCAGACCAAGACACAAAAGAAGGUGGAAGACAUACAUCAGGCCCAGACCAAGACUCAACAAAGCGUUGAAAACGUUACUCAGAACGUGACAGAAGUUGCAGCAGGUCUCAAGGAAAUAAAGAAAACAGUGGAGAGUUUGAAAGAAGGAAGAGACAACGACAAGGCAGACGAAGUCCUUAGAAAUCUUACCAACUCGGAAUUCAGAGGAGAUAUUGAGUAUUUCGCAGAGCGAUUUCAGGAAGGUACCCGUGAGUGGGUCUUUGAUAGAGUUCAGAACUGGCUGGAUGACAGAAGCUGUCAAAACCGUGUAAUGGUGAUCAGUGGAAAUGCAGGAAUGGGAAAAUCAAUCAUCGCAGCUGCGAUUUGCAAGAGAAUGCAAAAAACCGGCAGACUUUCAGGAAGCCACUUUUGUCAGUAUAAUAAUGUACGCUACUCUAAGCCUCAGUUAAUAAUUCAGUCCUUAGCCUGUCACUUGUCCCAUGCCCUUCCGGAGUACAAGCAAGCCCUCGUGAAACAGCUAUCCAGAAAUGUGGGCAUUGAUCUAAACAACAUGGGUGUGGAGGAGUUGUUUGCACUGCUUUUUAAGGAACCUCUUAGUGCUGUAGGUGACCCGGGAAGAAACAUGCUCAUGGUGAUAGAUGGUUUGGAUGAAAGCGAAUACCAAGGACGAAAUGACCUCCUUGAUGUGAUUGCUUCUCAGUUUUGUAAGCUUCCUAUUUGGAUUCGUUUUUUUAUUACCACGCGUGCAGCCCUAAACAUUGCAGAGAAACUUAAACAUUUGAAACCGUUUGAACUGAAGUCUGAUGAUAAAAAGAAUCUUGAGGAUAUCAGGGUGUUUUUUGUAAAGAAGCUGCAGUACGUGGUCAAUCCAGAACAUCUGAACGAGGUUGUAGGAAAAUUAGUUUUGAAAUCUGAAGGCCUCAUGCUUUAUGCCCAUUUCCUCGUUUUGACUUUUACUGAAAAUGCAUCGCCUUUCCUCAAAGGGGACCUUGAUGACAUCUUGCCAGAAGGAAUUUCUUCAGUCUACCAUUCCUACUUCAAACGUUUGGAAAACGAACUCGUGAGGGAACUCGGCAUAGAGAAAGAACAUUUCCUUAAUUUGGUAUCUGCUAUUACCGCUGCAAGAGAACCCCUUCCAGUAAGUUUUGUCUCUAAAGUAUUGGUACCAGUCACUAAUUCACCACUUGCAAAGCGAACAGUAUCGAAAGCCCUGGGUAGUGUGUCCACACUUCUUCCCAUCCGUUACGAGUGUCUUCACGUUAUUCACAAGUCAGUUAAAGACUGGUUAACGGACACCUCAUGUUAUGGGGAGCAUGAAUUUAUCACGGGAGAGAACGAAGGUCAUCGUAUAUUAGCAGAUCUUUGUACUGAAGAACUUGAUUAUUUAAAGCGAAGAGGUGUAGACAAUGUACAAUUUAGCACCACGGAGAGGUACGCGCUAUACCAUGGUGCACGUCACAUGUUACAGAAAAGCGUCAAGAGAGAGCCACAUAAGCUGGACGAACUAACAAAGGCUUGCAUUUUAGAUUUAGAAAUAGUGUAUGCCAAGACCUGCGUAAACAGUACAUUAGCCGCUGAAGAUCUCGUCUGGCUAAAAAAGGAGGGUGUCUCUACCGUUUUAUCAGAAGAUAACCAAAGUAUUCUGGACACUUUGUUGUUUCUGUUGAGAAAGUACCGGCGUAGAUUUACCGAUGCUCCUCGUAUUUUUCUUCAAACCGUACUUAACCAAGGAGGGAAAGUUUUAACUGUAGAGGCAUCGAAUCUUUUGCGGAUCAAGUAUCCUGAAAUAACAUAUAUGGAGAUUGUUCUUAAGGAGAUGCAUCAGGGUGGUGUUGUAGCCCAAUUUCAAUGUUCAUCUCAUGUGGCCUGUUUGGACGUCUCUCCUCAGCUGGAUUACAUGGUGUGUGAAUGUAACGACGGAAAGCUCCAGCUGUGGUCACUUCUUACUGGCAGGCUAUUGUGGACACGUCCAGUCAUAAUAACAAAGACUUACAACCUGGACAUUUCUCUCCCGAUACGAAAGUUGCCUUCUGCAGAUAUAACUUGUUUAUUUCGCUCUGUUGUUUUCCACCCAACUAGAGAAGUUGUUUUACCUGGGAGUCUAAGUCAGGCCUACACUAUGGACGGAGACUUGACACCGCUCUUUCCCGGAAGUAACUGUAGAUUCUCAGUUUGCUCUAUUUCCGGCGACAAGACCAAGAUUCUAACUAAUUGCCUUAAGGAUUCUAAAUGCCUUGUCUUGUGGAGUUUGCAAAAUGGCUCAUUGCUCGAUCGGAUCCAGAGAGAUGAUGACAUUUUAUCUUUUGCGUGGUCUCGCAAUGAAAGGCUGCUUGCAAUUUCCCAUUCAUCAGGAUCGAUUUGCUUAGUUGAUAUGAUGCAUGGUUGUAGCACAAGGGCAAAAGUAGAUGUCCGAGAAGUAUGCGGCGUGGUUAAGUUUUCACCUGAUUAUCGGUCUCUCUUUUGUUGCCAAGUAAAACGCUUAUGCCCCCGCUUCUUUUGUCUCAGGGUAAUUAAGGAGACCCCCAAUACCUUCUCUUUUGAGGGUUCUGAUGAUGUUACUUAUAAUUUCGAGAAUUUUCAGUCUUUUAAUGAUUGUGGUUUUUCAUCUGGAGAUCUUUUUACCGCAGACCAUUUGAAUUACUACUUGACGUUUGUUCUUGAUGAUCAACGUCUGUUACAGUGCACACGGAGUGCAAUAGAAAUGGUGGAUACCAAGAAGGUAAACAAAAGAAGUCAAGACGUAGCUACCAAACCGACUGGAAUAGCACUGAGUUUGGAUGGGCAGACCGUGUAUGUUGCCAGUGACACAUCAGAUACUGCUUGGGACGCUGAAAGUGGGAAGCUUAAAGCUGAGAGAAACGUCAUGGGUCCAAGGCGCUCUCCUUUGUGCCCCGUGAAAGGUGGUGUCCUAAUUCCAACGGAGGAUACCGUUGAGUGGUGGGAUUAUAGCCUGUCUAAAUGUAUAAAAACGUGGAGCAGCCUGUCUGGUGUCAAACAGAUAAUUCCUAUUUCAGAAGGGCAAGUAGCGUUCAUAAGAGUGUUUGACGUAAAAGUCGUGGAUGCAAGAAGUGGAGAAAUCGUGUCAACAAUCCCAGUUUUAGACGGAAGUGUUCUUACGCUCAACAGUAAAUGUCAGCUAUUAACCCUUAGUGACUCUGGCUCACUUCAGUUGUUGGAUGGCGCAAGUGUUUGGAAAAAGGACGUCGGUCUCACAAAGCAGUUUUGUAAGGGUGCUCUGUUCUCCCCUAUGGAACAGUUCCUUAUCGUAUGGAUGACUGGAGGCCUGUUAGUCCUGGAUGCGCAAACAGGAAACAGACUCCAUAUUUUGCCGUCGUUUCCUUAUCAGUUUCGUCAUUGUAAGUUUAUCAGUGAUGAAAAUUGUGUUUUUUAUCGUUCUGAUGUAACAGUUGCACUGGUUAACGUCAAAUCUGGUGAACUUCUAAGUGUAAUUGAUGUGGAAAGUGAAGUGUCCUGUUUAACAGCCUGUCCCCUCAAUCGCCUUCUGGCUAUCGGCCUGCAGAACAACGUACCUAGUAUCAAAGUUAUCAGGGUGCAUUUACCGCGAGACGAGCACAGUAAAAACGGGAAAGGGUAA